GCAAGUAUAUAUCUGUUUGUGAGUCAGUGAAAAAUGUCUUUGACUGAACGCAAUAUGUCGGCCUGAAAAACUUUAAAAUAUAUCGUACGUAACUGGAUCUUUGCACCACACUAACGAUUGUGGAAUAAAAUACCUUAUUCCAAUGAAUCUGAAUAAUUUUGCACGAGCAGUUCAAAUUCGAUGAACCCGCACUGUUAUUCGCCAUGCUGCACAAUCACAUCCUAACAUUUUAUUAAUUUACACAUUUUUUCUCCCCUUUGCACGUUAAUUCGCAUACACAAGCUCUUAGUUUCAUUCAGUUCAUUCGGAUCCAGCUGGUCGAUAGAAUACCCUCGCGCUAGUCUGCUUGUGUUGUUUGUUGUCUUCUGUUGCGGUUGUAUUAAGCUGAUAGUGUAGCGUCAGCCACCGUUUGCUUCUAGAUGAAUCCACAACAGCGACCGCUCUACUGUGUCAUCGGUGCCGGUAUUGCUGGUGUCUGUGCCGGCAAAUGUGUCCUGCAGGCCGGUGGCGAUGUGGUGAUCUACGAGCAAACGGACCAACUUGGAGGAACGUGGGUUUACACCGAUGCCACCGGGAAGGACAAAAAUGGAUUACCGAUUCACAGCAGUAUGUAUGAAGGGUUGUGGACGAACUUACCGAAGGAGAUCAUGGGUUUUCCGGAUUACAAAAUGCCACCGCAGCGGCGGUCCUACAUACCCUCGAGUGAGGUGCUGGAAUUCGUGCGUAAUUACGCAAGUCAUUUCGAAGUUGACAAGCAUAUUCGCUUCGAGCAUUCGGUUGAAGAAGUAAAGCUGGCGGAGACGAAUAAAUGGGAAGUUCGGGUGAAAGAUCUGAAUCGGAAUGAAACGAAUACGCGAAUAUUCGACUUUGUGCUUAUUUGUAAUGGUCACUAUUUUGAUCCGGCGUCGCCCGAAAUUGAAGGACAGAAGAUUUUCAGAGGAAUUCAAAUGCACAGUCAUGAAUAUCGUAACCCAGAGCUGUUCAAAAAUCGCAACGUUCUUAUCAUUGGAUCCGGUCCCAGCGGGAAAGAUCUGGUUUUUGCAGCAGCUGCUCACGCCAGCACGGUUUAUUUCAGUCACCACGUGCUGGAUAAGCUGAAAGAUAUGUACUUCCCUGCCAAUGUAAUUCAGGUGCCAGAUGUAGCACAACUGCAUGAGUCACAGGUUGAGUUCAAGGAUGGAACCCGCCAACCAGUGGAUCUAAUUCUGUACUGCACAGGUUAUCGCUACAGUUUUCCAUUCCUGCACGAAACAUGUGGCAUCCAAGUUGAUAAUAAUUGGGUUAAACAACUGUAUAAGCAUGUCAUAAACAUCACGCAUCCGACGAUGGCUUUCAUCGGGAUUCCGUACUACGUCUGCACAACGCUGAUGUUUGAUCUGCAGGCGCGCUUCGUCAUGGAAUAUUAUUCCGGCAGGAAACAGCUUCCCUCCAGAGAAGAGAUGCAGGCUGACCACGAUGAUGAGAUGAAAUCACGAUGGGCUCGGGGUUUGCAAAAACGUCAAGCGCACAUGUUAGGAGGUGUCAGUCAAGCCGAAUAUUACGACGAUCUAGCAGCCACGGCACGAAUAGCGCCGAUUCCACCUGUGAUGGCUAAAAUGCACAUUGCGAGUAAUCGACGGAAGAAUGAAGAUCUGAGCAACUAUCGAAACGAUGUGUUUCGAGUGUUGGAUGAGGACAGUUUUGAGAUUCGCUAUGAUGAAGAGCUAACGAAUCGCGGGAAUUGAUGUUUGAAACUAGCAGUGUUGAUGUUGAUUUUUCAAGUUAUAUUUGAUGUUUAUUGUUAAUUUUUGUUUAUCUCCUUCCGAUAAUACGGGUAGUAAAAACUGGAGAUUUAUUCUUAUAUUCAGGAUAUAUUUUUUUCAGUUAACCCAAUUGCUAUUGUUGAUAAAGGUUUUAAUCCCCGACUUUAUAUUCACACAAAUCUGUCAAAUAAUCAGACAUAAUAUGUUGAACGAACGAAGCAAUCAAUGAUCUACAUACAAAUCGCACUUUGUUUCUUAUCUAAAAUUCAACCGAAAUACUUCAUUAAAAAUGGUUCAAAAAUUA